CGGGAUGACUGACUGUAUCUCUAAACUUCAGCAAAACACUGACAUUGUUCCGCACCUGGAUAUUCUGCCGUGAAAAAUGAAGACUUCGCUUCUCAUUUCUGUGAUAAUUCUCCAAAGCCUUUAUGCUGCAUUUAGCCUUCCCUUAGAAACCAAAUCCAUUGAAUUGGUUGAGCGCGAGUGUAAGGACAACCGCGAUGACUGUAACUGGAUUGCUAACAAUCAUUACGAUGUUCCAAAGUACUGCUGGGCACACAGAAAUGAUGCCUUCAUCAAAGACUGUCCAAAAUACUGUGGAUUCUGUAAACAGCCAGCCCCACCACAAGUAUUUGAAUGUGAAGACACACGUGAUGACUGUUCGUGGAUUGCUGAACAUAACAAUGACGUAGCCGCCUACUGUGACAGACACAGGAAUGACGCGUUCAUCAAAAAAUGCCAAAAAACAUGUGGAUUUUGUAAGGCUCCAGCACCUCCAAUAGUAUGUGAGGACACACGUAGCGACUGUGACUGGAUAAACCGCAAUGGUGAAAACAAGGAGUCAUACUGCGCCAGAAACAGAAACGAUCCAGCCGUUAGAGAGUGCGCUAAGACUUGUGGAUUCUGCAAAGCCCCUGCGCCACCGGAAAUAAUAACAUGUGAAGACACACGUGAUGACUGUUCAUGGAUUGCUGAACAUAACGAUGACGUAGCAGCCUACUGUGACAGACACAGGAAUGACGCGUUCAUCAAACAAUGCCAAAGAACAUGUGGAUACUGUAAAGCUCCAGCUCCACCAAAACUGGCAUGCGAGGAUACCCGUAGAGACUGUGACACGAUAAAUCAUAUCGGGGAGCCGAAAACUACGUACUGCGCCAGAAACAGAAACGAUCCAGCCGUCAGGGAGUGCGCUAAAACCUGUGGAUUCUGUUGAUGCACGAGGUACUGGCUUCCAAACGUUCACCUUUAGAUUAGCUUCAUGUCAAACAGCUUGCUUGUAAAUUUAUAUAAUAAGAAAUAUUAAGCUAAAACCUAACGUAAAACACGCAAAAUUUCUCGUUCAAUUCCUCUCGUGAGAAACUCUGCUGCAGUUUCCAAGAAGCUAUCAUACAUGCGCAAAUUCCGUACGAUUUCUGUAUAGAAAAUUGUGCACGCUUCAGAAAGAAGAAGUCAGUCCAUGUUUCUCGCAGCAAAACAUAUUAAGAAUUAAUCUACCCUGCUAACCGAGGUACAUGACCAAAUGGUAUACGCAUGUUUAUAUCAUUCUAGUAAACAUUAACUAAAACGAAAAUAGUGAAGGAAAUACUGAAAUAAAACGAAAUAUAAUCAAUUGUCGACAGUAA